CAACUGGGUGCAGCUACCACUGAGACAACACCACCAGAGAAGCCACGACAGAACUCUCCGGGCAAAUACUGAUAGCAUCUGGUACCGUGGAAGAUAAGCAGUGUUUGAUUGCGGCGUUGUCGAACCUCUGGAGCUGGAGCGGUGGGCAAGAGAAGCGAUGAACGCCAAAACGUUGCGAGUCAAGUUCCAAUGACCCGAACACUAGGUAGCAACAGAGUUGAAUCAAGAGUGAACGCAAGUUAUAGACACCGUAGUCAGAUGUUCGAAGAGCAGAAGACAUACAACAGUAAUCCAGGACUGUGAAAGGGAGUGAGGCGGGAGUAGUGAAGGAUUGUAUAUGAAAGUGGAAGCCGUGACUAAUAACUCCGAAAACGAUUUCUAAGGUGAAUUACCGGUUGAAGGGCCCUCUCCAUGGAUAUAGACACAGAUUAUGAGCGGCCCAACGUCGAGACAAUAAAAUGCGUGGUGGUGGGGGAUAAUGCGGCAGGCAAGACCCGGCUGAUCUGCGCCCGCGCCUGCAACGCCACGCUCACGCAGUACCAGCUGCUAGCCACCCACGUGCCAACUGUCUGGGCCAUCGACCAGUACCGCGUGUGCCAGGAGGUCCUGGAGAGGUCGAGGGAUGUGGUGGACGAGGUGAGCGUCUCUCUGCGGCUCUGGGACACCUUUGGGGACCACCACAAAGACCGGCGCUUCGCCUACGGCAGGUCGGAUGUGGUCGUGCUGUGCUUUUCCCUGGCUAAUCCCAACUCCCUGCGCCAUGUCCGUACCAUGUGGUUUCCGGAGAUCAAGCACUUCUGUCCCCGCACCCCCAUCAUCCUGGUGGGCUGCCAGUUGGACCUGCGCUACGCUGACCUGGACGCCGUGAACCGCGCCCGGCGACCACUGGCUAAGCCCAUUAAGCCCACUGACAUUCUGCACCCAGAACGAGGCCAUGAGGUUGCCAAGGAGCUGGGCAUCCCGUACUACGAGACCAGCAUUGUGGCGCAGUUUGGGGUGAAGGACGUCUUCGACAAUGCCAUCCGUGCCGCGCUCAUCUCCCGCCGGCACCUGCAGUUCUGGAAGUCCCAUCUGAAGAAGGUGCAGCGGCCCCUGCUGCAGGCUCCUUUCCUCCCCCCGCGCCCGCCCCGACCCGUGGUGGGCAUACCAGACCCCCCCGCCAUCGACGGUGAAGGGCCCGACUCCCUCUUCUGUCGGCCCCUCUGUGCCGAUGUCCUGUUCCUCCUCCAGGGCGGCGCCACCCGCGUCUUCGCACACAAGGUCUACCUGGCCACUUCCUGCUCCAAAUUCUACGACCUGUUCACGUUAGACCUGGAGAGCUUGGGGGGCAGCCGGGGGGAUGCGGAAGAUGGAGAGGUAGAUGAGGAGGAGGAGCAGAGCAGGAGGGGGGCAAAAGAGCAAGCAGGCCGCACAAAGAGCUUGGACAUUGACAAAGAUGGCGAGAUGGGGUCUCAGGGGCCCAAACGGCCCCUCUUGCUCCAGCAGGGCUCUUUGAGAACUUCACAGAGUGAUAAUGCCAUCCCGGCUCGGAGUGAGUGUGAAGUUGGGUCUUUAGACGCUGGCCGGGCGCUCACAGGGUGGGGGCGUGGCUUCCUCAGCGUGUGUCUGGAGCAUGUAGAGGACCCCGUGACUGGGAGACCCAGGCUCAUGACUGUGGUGUCCAUGGAUGGCCUGAUUCAGAAAAGACCCUUCCAGGCGGUGCUGCAGUACCUCUACACCGGUAGUCUAGACGAGAGUAGGGGGGAUCUCAUGCAGGUCGCCACCAUAGCUGAGCUGCUGGAGGUUUUUGACCUGCGUAUGAUGGUGGCCAAUGUGCUGAAUCAUGAGAGCUUUAUGAACCAGGAGAUCACCAAGGCCUUUCACGUGCGACGGGCCAACCGCAUCAAGGAGUGCCUCAACAAGGGCACCUUUGCUGAUGUGGUGUUCCGAUUGGACGAUGGCUACCUCCCCGCCCACAAGCCCCUCCUGAUCUCCAGCUGUGACUGGAUGGCAGCUAUGUUCCGGGGGUCUUUCAUGGAGAGCUACGUCAAUGAGGUGUCCAUCCCCAACACCAGUAGUGCCUGUAUGCGAGCAGUGCUGGAGUACCUGUACUGCGGCUCACUGACGCCCUGCCCAGACCUGCAGCCCAUUGACCUCAUCGUGCUGGCCAACCGCCUCUGCCUACCCCGCCUUGUUGCCUUCACAGAGCAGUAUGCAGUAGAGGAGCUGCUGCAGUCGACCAUGAAGGGCGUGGACAUUGAUGGACAGGUGCUAAUAUACCUGGAGAUGGCUCAGUUCCACAAUGCCAAGCAGCUUUCUGCAUGGUGUCUGCACCACAUCUGCACCAGCUACAACAGUAUCUGUCGCAAGUUCCCAAAAGAAAUGAAGGCCAUGGCCCCAGAGAACCAAAAGCACUUUGAGAAGCACCGCUGGCCCCCUGUCUGGUUCCUAAAGGAGGAGGACCGGUACCUGCGCUCCCAGAAGGAGCGGGAGCGAGAGGAGGAGCUCCUUCGUAAGCAGCACACCAAGAGAGGCUGGUGUUUCUGGAGACACUCGUCUUCCUCUGCUCCCCAUGUCUCCUGAGGCUCCGCCCGAGAUCCCCUCCUGGCCCCGACCCCUCCCUCUCCCCGCCAGCCACACCAGAGCCCACAGGAGCUCCUCCUGUCUCCUGCUUCAGGCUCUCUGGGGAAGAUGUGCCCUGCCUGAUGGAGGGAAUCUGGUUGACCGCAGGAAACUGCACUCUGGGCUCUUUCUUCCAUACUGUAUUAUAGAAGCCUUGAGACAGUGCCAGAGCCAAGGGCCACUUCAGCAUUGGGGCUGGGGCUGAGGGUGCAAGGUGGAUAAUUCAGUGCUGGAGUUGGCUUGAUUUUAUCUGAAGUAUUAAGGACACAGAACUAAUUGGAAACAAGAACAUCUUAAAUUCGAAACUUUUCUACUUUCAAACAAAAAUGUCGGCAGGGAUUUAAAAAACUGAGCAAAGAAAAAUGAAAACAGAUUUUUAUUGUUUUUGGUUGUGUCAAAACUAUGGACCUUUUGGAAUUUGCGAUUUUUUAGGGAAUUUUCUCACAGUUAAUUUUUGUUCACCUUAUCCCUUUAUUUUUCAUUUUUCAAGCCCCUUCCCCAACAGUUUCCCCACAGCAGCGUCUCACUGUUUACUCGGAUGCAAAAGCGUGUGGUGAAGAAUUCAGGACCAUUUCUGACUCACAAGGUUCACCCUAACCCUAACCAGUGACUGAGGGGGACAAAUGAAGUCACAGCAGCUCACUCAUGAGGAAAUCCAGUAGUAGAUUCAAAAAUAUGAGCCAGUGUUAACAUACUAAAAGUUUGUUGGUAGAGGGCUAAUGCUUAUUCAACCUCUAUGACAGUCUCAUGGAACAGCGUUCAACAAAGUGAACAGUAGGCUUGUAUCUAAGGGCUCUGUGCGUACUUGCCAGAUAGGUGCAUGGAGGUGAAAAAGUAUAAAAAGGAGGUUGGUGCACUGUCUUCAUUUAAACCAUACCCCACCCUAUUUCCUGUCUGCCUCCGCUCCUUUGACAGUUUCACCCAUGAGAAAAUAUCACCUCUGGAGUGAAGAAACAUCUCUCCCAAGAGCUGUCUGCCUUCUCAGAUAAUAUUCUCUUCCUUGACUUGAUUGUUGUAAAGUUUUUUUGCCAGCUGUGGAUGAGGAGAUCUGCUGCCACAGCACAGAGUAACGGUUCCAACAGCUCGUCCAUCCUGGCUAGCUCGUAUGCUGGUUGAUUCUAAUGACUUUUUAUCUGCUUUUUUCAGGAUUUUUUUUUUUAUCAUACCCAAAAAUAAAGCUGUGAAGACUCUUUUUUAAUGAAGCACAAUGCGAGUUCUCCAUUUCCUCUUCCUCUCCACUACUCUGCCUGCCCCGCCAGGCACAGAGAGGGAAGCGGGGAGGCAACAAGAGGAGAUAAAUUCCUUAACCACCGUUGUUGUAGUAUUAAAAUAUAAAGCUAUAUACGGAGGGCUAACACAGUUGCCUUUCCAUGGGGAGUUACACUGUUACUCAUAAUAUAAUGGUGCUCAGUGUUGUAAAAAGACACAGUUGUGUUUUUCGGAGACAGUGUUUUGAUGUGCUGUGGACAUCUCCAUUAACCAUCUAUAUUUGCAUUAUACUAAUGCCUUCUGCUUCAUCCAUGUGUUUUAUAGCUUGGGAGUGUUGUGUUAGCCUCUGUUGAACUAAACUCUAAUUUGUAAUUUUUUUCACCAGUCUGUUAUAAUCAGAUUUAGCACAGUGGAAAAUUUAUAUUCACCACAAAUGGUUUUUUUCCAGUUUUUUUUGUUUGUUUUAUUAUUUUCAUUGUACACUCAUUAACCACAUGUAAUGCACCAUAAUGUGGGCAGUUUUACAGGUAACUAAGGAAAUGUUAGUUUUAGCCCAUGUUCUUGAAUUAAAGUUCACCUUGCCGACUCGUAAUUUGACAAGAGUAUAAGGGCACAUCACAUAUGCUUUAAUAUCCUCACCCUUAUGCCAACAUGUGCAGGAUUCCAGCUUAGGAUCAUCUGCUUGAAUGUUGAAAAGUAUUUGUUUGUCAGGAAUCAUUACACUUUUGGGGAGGGUUUAAAGGACCACAGGGUUUGUGCAUUUGGAGUAAUGGUAUCUAAUGAGCAGGUAUGUGUGGAGGUUGAGGGAAGGUGCUCAGCUCUGUAUAGUAAGUCCUUAAAAUGUGUCCACCGGGUAUUCCCCUCAGGACCUGGCAGGCUUUAAAAAUCUCCAUUAAAAUAUGCGUCUCGGUGAAACUGGGUGGACGACACCUCUUUGGUAAUGUGUUACACAUUGUGGUUAGUCCUGGUAUCAACAGUGUUAACAUUGUGAAGUUCAGCAAAGGGAAAUGCAGAGAUAUACAUUGGGUAAGACAUUUCUUGAUGAUUCUUGUGAUUAUACAAGUCUUAGUACAAAUCUUAAAGGUAGUAUGUGGCACAAAGAGACUGAAAACUACAAAAUUUCAUGGAAAAAAAAAAACAAAAUGUGUUAUAUGCCCUGAAAUGAACCCAAUGGAAUGUUGGGCUUCUUUUUUUUUUUUUUUUUUGCUUCCUCUACAAAUUGCUUUGCCUUUUUAUUAUUUAAUCUUUAAAAUGCAUCAUAUGAAGCCCUGGAUUGCUCAUUUAAAACCUGUUGUCCAAUACUGAGCAGAUUUUUGUGCUUGCACCGUCUUAUGUAAAAUUAUUGAUCUUUUUCAUAAUAUUAGUGAAUGUCUGAAAGUUGGGAAAGGUAGGAUCAAUGUGACAAGAUAUGCUGUAUAAAUUCUACCAAGGGUGCCACUUAAUUGGCUUAGGACCUGAAUGUGAAAAAGAAAAAGAAAAAAAAACUUUAUAAUAUCCAAAUUUCCCUUUCCCUGCUCCUACAUUUGUCCAUAGUUUAGUUGUUUCCAACCAGCUUUAAUGAGUGGUGUGGUGGUAAGAUGACAGAUUGUAGUGCGUCUUGGAUUUCUGAGCUUUGGGUGUGUUAUAUAUCAGAAGCGCAGGAAGUUCACUUAAUGGACUUCCUGUGGGAAUGCCAGCAUUUACAGCUGAGGCAAAGUGUUGCACUGGGUUUUUCCUCCACCCACAUUCAUAGCAGACUGAAACGCAGUGCUGUCCCUCUGUGGACCAGUGCCAUGGCUGCUUGUGGAUACACUUUUACAUGUGAAUGUGUGGCCCAGCUCUGCGUCAUUCUGACACCCUGACACUUGCCAAAAAAAGUGAAUUUUUUAAGCCCAAUUAAAUUUUUAAUUUUUUUUUUUUCAACAGCUAUACAGGGUUAUUAACAGAAUGUUUUAUGACUAUAUAAUUGUUGUGUAUUUUCUGUGUACAGGUGUGGCAUGUAGCACUAAUUCUCCUAGUCUGAGAUAAGAUAUUGUUUUGUGGGGAUGAUUUUUCUAUAAACUAGAUAGCAAGGAGGACAUGCUCGCUGUUUCCCUGAUGUGCGGUACAAUGUAGACUCUCACUGCUUUUGUCAUUAAGACCUGGAGAUGUCAUUUUUUAUUGGUUGGGAUGGUGGAGUGUUUAGAGUGGACAUGGAGCUGUGAUAGCUUGCAGUUGUUGUGUGUGUAGGAUGUCUUGGGGCAGGCUCCAUAUCCACUGGUGAUAAAAAACAUGGAGUGGCUUUAGAUUCAAUUGGAUGUUUUAUAUUGUGGUGUGAACCUGGAGUGCACAACUGGAUAGCGUGACAUAACUCAAACAUCAGUGUAUAUGGCCAUGUGGUCAUGUGUUAGAACUUGGGUGGAGAUAGGGAUUGGGGUUUUAGGCCCCUUCACCUUUGUAGGUGAUGGUAUCUCUUAACCACUACACCUGUCCUGUUCUUUGCUUCACAUUUUCACCAUUUGUCUUCCAGAGAUUAGGUUCCAAAUGCUUUUUUCAGACAUAGUGUGAAGCACUUUAGUGCACAAAUGGCGUAAACUUAUAUAUUGAUAUUUAAAAUAAUGUCUGUCAUUCCUCCAUUCUUUGAAUCUGGAAGUAAAAACGAGAGAUAAAAGCAAAGCAUAUUUUAACACAGAGCAUUAACACAUUUACCCUGUGAGUUAUGGUGGAGGCUUUAUUCAUAAGUAAUACUCAAGGCAUCUGAGAAGGCUGCCUUUGGAUUUAAAGUAGCAUGCAGUGAUAUAAGAUUGUUUUUGGUUUUUGGAUUGUGCUCCAGAGUAAGAAUCAAUGUGGUCUAUGGUGUUUUCUCGUGUCCUUAUGAUGUAAAUGGAGACCUUGGCCCCCCUGUUGCAGCGCUGUGUCCGAGCGCUAAUGCACGUGUCUCUCGUGUGUCACCCCUGCCGUUUCCUGUGCCUUCUCUCACACUGUUGCCUGUCUCUGUGUCGUCCCCACGACCCACAAUUUAGGGGAGUUUCCAAGUGCCACUGCCUUUGAGUCUCAGGUGCUAGGGUGAGGUGGGCCUCCAACAAACAAACACUCAAGACUGAUCGCAGGCGCACAGACCAGUAGCUAGCCAUCGCGUCUUGUGUCAGUCCAACACCAGUAGCAGUGACUUUGGUCUGGUUAGCAUCAGUUUGCAUGGCUGAGUGACGCUGUCUUGCAGCUGUCUAUCCUGUGAACUUGGACUGCUUUGGGUGUCUGGGGUCAUGGCUGCCUUCCUAUUCAUAAAGUACAGUGCCCACAUUGGAAGCCAGCCAUGAUCUGUCACCAGCCAGUUCCUCAGAUUCAGUCUGCAUUUAAGUUACUUCCCGCAAUUCAAAUCUUUGACAAUUCAGUUCCUAUCAAUUCUACUUCUAGUUGCUUUCAGUUUAGUGCAAAAAAACUAUUAUAUUGAAAGCGCCAUGCUUCUUCCAUACUGAUCAGUUUUUCAGUUGUCUUUCUACUGGUGUUUAAAUUUUCUGUUUCAAUAGAAGCAAUAAUAAUAAUUUCUGAUCCCUAAUAUGCUUUUCUGUUUAAAUGAUACCUGAUAUUCACAUAAAUCAUAUUUCAAGUACGGGCUUUCCACAUAUUGUCAGUUUGGAAAUGUAGAAUGGUGUACACACCACCCCUUUUAUAGGAGAAUAUUUAUACAGUAGUUUACUGUUCACUACAUCAUACAUGAACUGUUAGUGUUAUUAUAAAUGGUAUUAGUGUUCAGUUAAUUAUAUGUCCUGUUGGUCCUUUAUAGUUAAUAUUUCUUGUGACUGUAUACAGUUUGGUUUUUACCACUGUCACUGACUUCAGAGCUUACUAUGGAUUUCUUUUGAAUAUAUUUAUUUAAGCAAGAAGUACUUCACCAUUAAUACCACAAUAUGCUUUUCAUGAGAUAUAUAGAUACUGUAUAUCAGAUUCAUAUAGCUCACUUUGCAUUUGCUUUCAAAGACAUUCAGAACCAUACAAUUGUUAUUUUGCAGUUUAAUCAGCUGCCUUCUCACUCUUAGACCUGGGUCUCCUCUGCUAAUGUGAUAAAUUUAUACACUGAUAAUCAUAACAGAAUGAGGCUUUAAUUGGUUCACCUCAGAGUAAGGAUGGCCUUAUUGCUCUUUAUGAAAAUGUGAUUGAAAAAGCAGUCAUGCCUUCUGAUUAGGAAACUCAGAAGUGAGACCAUUUCAUAGUAACUGUAGCACAAUUCUCUUGAACUGCAGGGAAUUGUUGUUUAGACUAUGGUGUCUUAGUGUCUCACGGCUGCAACUGGUUGGCAGCAGGGCUGAGAGAGACAGAAGGGGUUUGUUUCUGUCCUGAUCUCAUGUGACUUUUACAUAUGUAAGCACUUUUAUUCCCUUACUUUUUGUAUUGAUUGUUUUGUUCAGGAGAGUAUGAGAUUUAAAAAACUGUAAAUCUGAAACCAGAGGGAAAAAAAAAAAAAAAACAUUUAAGGGCUUUCUUAAAGAAUGUUUUGCUGCUUUUGGGGAAAAAAAACUUUUCAAAGUAAAACAUGUUCUUUGUAAUAUUUUUGAACCACUGUGAUUUGCACACAAAAAAAAAUGAAAUUAUGAAAAAAGAGAACAUAUUGCAGUCUCAGUAUUUUGAUGUUUUGACUUUAUUAAAACUUUGCUGAAGUCUUUGA